CGCCAAACACAGAGCCCUCGCGCCAAAAGAAGAAGAAGCACCAUCUCUUCCCCAAUGUUCUUACGUAAACUCGUGAGAGUUUUGUGAAGUCCGAUCGUAAACAAAAGUCUCACUCCACACAAGCAGCGAGACCAGGAGUGGCAGCGACAAGAUCAGGAGCAGCAGUGGUGAGCACGACGGCGAGCACAAACCAGGCGAACGGAGCAUGACCACGAUGGAGAGCGCGACCCAGGCGAACGGAGCGUGACCACUAACCAGGUAAACGAGGAGCACGAACCGGGUGAACGACGAGCAUGAACCAGGUGAACGGCGAACGGCGACCACGAACUGGUGAAUAACGAACACGAAGGCAAGCUAAAGAGGUCUGGCCCAUUAACGACAGCGAAACUUGACGGAGCCCUAAACCCAAAACUAUUUCCUCUUUCUUCGUUUGUUCCUAUUUCAAAUUCGGAAAAUCUUUGCAAAAUCGUCAUUUUAACCGUUGCCACUGAGUUUAAGACCGAUUUCACGGACUUUACAUGAAAACCGAGUUUGCUAACUCGGAAACCAGAAUUAAAAACGCAAACUCGCCGAGUUAACGAGUUAACACACUAGUUUGAUAACCUUGCUCUCGCUACUACAACCUUCAAAAAUGGACUUGAGCGAAGAAGUUAGGGCAGCGCAUAAGCGAGAAUUCACGGAUUUCUUGGAUCAAGAUGUGGGAAAGGGCAUUUACAUGGACGAAAUCAAAGCCCUAAUCAACCACAAGCGUCACCGCCUCAUCAUCAACAUCUCCGAUCUCCAUAACUUCCACGACUUGGGUAACAGGAUAAUCAGGACUCCAAGUGAGUACAUUCAACCGCUCUGCGAUGCGGUGACGGACGCUACUCGUGGUAUUGAUCCUAAGUAUUUGAAGGAAGGGGAACAAGUGCAUGUGGGAUUUGAAGGUCCCUUUGUUUCUCGCCGAGUCACGCCAAGGGAGCUUCUUUCUGAAUUCAUAGGUUCUAUGGUCUGUGUUGAGGGCAUUGUCACCAAAUGUUCUCUUGUAAGGCCGAAGGUUGUUAAAAGUGUUCAUUUCUGCCCCACCACGGGAAACUUCACUUCUCGCGAAUAUCGUGAUAUUACCUCUAAUUUGGGUUUGCCCACAGGAUCUGUUUAUCCUACAAGGGAUGAAAAUGGCAACUUACUUGUGACUGAGUAUGGAUUGUGCAAAUACAAAGAUCAUCAAACUCUUUCCAUUCAAGAAGUUCCUGAGAAUUCUGCUCCUGGUCAACUCCCAAGAACAGUGGAUGUCAUUGUAGAAGAUGACCUUGUUGAUUCUUGCAAGCCUGGAGAUCGAGUGGCAAUUGUGGGAGUAUAUAAGGCUCUUGCAGGGAAAAGUAAAGGCAGUGUGAAUGGAGUAUUCAGGACUGUGCUCAUAGCCAACAAUGUUUCUCUUCUCAACAAAGAGGCUAAUGCACCAAUCUACAGCCCCGAAGAUCUCAAAAACAUUAAAAAGAUAGCUGAAAGAGAUGAUGCAUUUGACCUGCUAAGUAAUUCGCUUGCACCUUCUAUAUAUGGGCAUUCUUGGAUAAAAAAAGCAGUGAUUUUGUUGAUGCUUAGUGGAGUUGAGAAGAACUUAAAGAAUGGCACUCACUUGCGAGGUGACAUUAACAUGAUGAUGGUUGGUGACCCCUCUGUUGCCAAGUCUCAACUCUUGAGAGCAAUUAUGAACAUUGCUCCCUUGGCCAUAUCAACUACAGGCAGGGGUUCUUCUGGGGUUGGUUUGACAGCCGCUGUUACUUCAGAUCAAGAAACAGGUGAAAGAAGGCUAGAAGCUGGGGCAAUGGUUCUUGCCGACAGAGGUGUUGUCUGCAUUGAUGAAUUUGACAAGAUGAAUGAUGAAGAUCGUGUUGCUAUACAUGAAGUUAUGGAGCAGCAGACUGUGACUAUUGCUAAAGCUGGUAUCCAUGCAUCACUAAAUGCCCGAUGCAGUGUGGUUGCCGCUGCAAAUCCCAUAUAUGGAACUUAUGAUCGUUCAUUGACUCCAACUAAAAAUAUUGGACUUCCAGACUCCUUGCUUUCUCGAUUUGAUCUACUGUUUAUUGUGUUAGAUCAAAUGGAUCCUGACAUUGAUCGUCGAAUUUCUGAGCAUGUACUUCGUAUGCAUAGAUUUCGUUCUGCUGUUGAUGGAGGCGNGGCAACACUUAAUGGGAGCUCNGGAUAUGGAAGAGAAGAUGAAGCUGAUACNGACUCGUCUAUCUUUGUCAAAUAUAACAGAAUGUUACAUGGGAAGAAAACUGAAAGAGGUCGCAAACGUGAUACUCUUACAAUUAAGUUUCUUAAGAAAUAUAUCCACUACGCUAAGCAUAGGAUUCAACCUGAACUGACUGAUGAGGCGUCUGAGAACAUUGUCACAGCCUAUGCUGAGCUCAGAAAUGCAAGCUCAAAUGCAAAGACAGGAGGAACACUUCCCAUAACUGCCAGAACCUUAGAAACCAUCAUACGUCUCUCAACAGCUCAUGCCAAACUGAAAUUGAGCAGAAAGGUUUCAAAGUCUGAUGUUGAAGCUGCUUUAAAGGUUUUAAAUUUUGCAAUAUAUCACAAAGAACUUACAGAAAUGGAGGAGCGAGAGCAAGAGAGGGAGAAAGAGCAAGACAGGAAGCGUAAGGCUGAUCAUAAUGAAAAUGAUGGUCCUGAUCGUGGUUCUAAAGAUAGAAGAUCAACAUUAGGAACAGAAGCCAUUGAAGUAGAUGAUACCCCAGCAGCUGAAGCUAAUGUUGGACUCACCCCUGCAAGAAUUGAAGCAUUUAAUUCUCUAUUUGGUCAGCAUAUGCGAGCCAACCGCCUGGAUCUCAUAGCUAUUGCAGACUUAGAGAAUGUUAUCAACAGAGGGGCAGAUUCACCUUACACCGCUGCAGAUAUACUAUUCCUAUUAGAGAGGUUGCAAGAUGACAAUAGAGUGAUGAUAGUUGAUGGGAUGGUGCAUAUGAUAUCAUAAAAUCUAAGAUUGUGGCACAAUCUCAACGAAGAUUCAAAAAGGGCGCAGAAUUUGCCGCUCGGGCAGGAUGGACUUCCCAACGAAGGGAGGCUUGAGAAGGAUUUGGAAAUUCCAGAGUUCAUACCUUGCUAUCUGGGAGUUCUUCGCUAACACAUCGACAAGGAAACUGCAUGUUAUUCUUCACAGAACAUUUAAAUUAAGAUGAACUUUGUUAUCCCCUAUUGAAAAUUUUGCGUUUUGUUGAUAUAAUUUGAUACAGGCCUUAUCUUUAUGUAUUAUUGCUACUCUGCUAACUGCAAAGUAUUCGUUUAAAACAAGAAUUUAGAAAUGACUGGUUUGCAUA